AUGCUGCUGCCGUCGCUUUGCCCUGUGAAUGAUGUGACCCGUGUUCGGAACAUUGGCAAGCCGCUGCAAAGCCGCUAUGGAAGCUUGAUGAGUAGAAGUGGAACUGGAGCCACGCCGACCCUUCCCGCGACUCCAUCGGCUUCUUCGUCUUCUUUGCCACAGCCUGCACAGCCUGCACAGCCACCACCGGCACAGUCGCAGCAUUUCCGGUUGCCAGCAGGUACCCUGGGCAUCGUCUCACAAGUGGCCAUACAGUAUGCCGUGAACCCAUUGAAGGAUUCGCGGCUGAGGCCAUCUCCGCGUUAUGAACUGCCUAUUGAGGCUUCCCCGAGGCCCGGACGACGGAAGUCCGCCGAAACACCUUUGGAGGAGCUGCCGCUGCCAUGCAGGGAGUCCAUCGCAGACUUGACCACCUCAGUGUCGCAGGUGCUGCACAAGCCCACUGUUGCAUUGAAGCGCUCGAUGCACUUGAUGGACGGGCUGCAGACAUUGCGUUGUUUGGGAAGCUCUGGUGCUGACGUAUCAAGCAGGUCUCCCACGAUGUCCCCACGAUCAGCACAGGAGGAGGAGGAGACUUGGGCAGAUCCGAUGAGCCCUGCCAGCUUGCUCAGUCCGCCCCCCACUGCACCGGACACCACUCCGGUUAGCGUGCGAAGACCGAAAGCAAGCGAAGAGGGACCUACAGAGGAGGAUCCUUUGUUGAUCGCAGUCCUCAAGGAUGUGCAGGACACCUCGCAGUCUUUGCUUCUGAAGAUGAAGCGCAUCGAACAGGCCCAGAGCAUGGUGAAACGUUGCAAGGGCACUCGCCAUCCCACGAACCUGGUGACGGAUCGAGUGCGCCUGGUUAUUGAGCGAAAAGCUUCGCUGCUGCGACAGGUCGAAGAUCGGAUGGCAGAGUUCCAGGCUGCACAGGCCGACUCUGAGCAGAUUCUUCGAAGCCUCGUUGAGCGUGGAACUGCCGCUCCGGAGGAGCUGUACGGGGUUCACCACUUCGUGCGAAGCUUUACGCAUCGCGGGAAUCCUGCCGACGCAGACCGCAAGAACUUCCGGCAGUUCGCAUCCACAUUUAAACUGCCUGGCCAGCACAAGCUUCUCGAGGGGUUUCAAGACAUCGCUGCAGAAGCUGGUGCCUGGUGGGCGGAAAAGGCUUACCAAGAGGCGAUCGCUGGUGCGGGUCACAUCCCUAUCAUGCAGCUGAUGGAAUUGGCCGUCUCCGUCGGUGCAGAUCCGCAAGAGCCGAUGCUACUCAGGGCUCGAGAUGUUCUGUUGGAAAGGCUUCGUGUGAGAAUCUCUGCAUUUGCUCAGGAUUGCAUGGAGAAGGAUGAUCUUGCCGAAAAGCGUGCCAAAGAGCGUAAUCAGGUUCCCCCUUUGGGCAUGGCGGCCACGAAUGCAGAUCGUAUCGAAGCAGAAGUCUUCGAGGCCAUUCGCAUGGGAAUGGACAAAGAAGAUUCGUGCAUCGAAGAAGCGCAGAACAUCAUCAAGGUUCUACGGCAGAAAGACGGGGAGCGCAAGCGGCUGCAUAAUCGCAACAAGCGCUUGCAGGAGCGCACAGAUGGGUCGACUGACAACGCGUUGGACGGGCGCGUGGGGGCGAUAGGAGAGUUUGCAAGUGAUCCCAUGCCAGGAGGUCACAUGGAGAACCUGUCAGUUGGAGUGCAGCUCCAAGCAAAGGCGGAAGACGGGUACUACUUGGCAGAAGUGCUUCAAGUCUCCGCGAAGCGCCGAAAAGCGCCAGUGAAGGUACAGUACUGUGGCUACGAUGGCGAGUUUUGGCUGCCGGAGAGUGACCUUCGGUCAAAGCUGCUGCCCUCCAGUGGGAAGAAGCAAGCUGAGAAGAACGGCGAUGCCGACAAGGUGAACAUGGAGAACCUGUCAGUUGGAGUGCAGCUCCAAGCAAAGGCGGAAGACGGGAAGUACUACUUGGCAGAAGUGCUUCAAGUCUCCGCGAAGCGCCGAAAAGCGCCAGUGAAGGUAAAGUACUGUGGCUACGAUGGCGAGUUUUGGCUGCCUGCCGCCGACCUUCGAUCCAAGCUGCUGCGUCCCAGCGGCCAGAAGAAGGGUGACAAGACUGCUAAGAUGGACAAGACUGACAAGGCCGUGUCCGACAUUGGCAUUAUUGGCAGUGGAGUGAUGGGCUCGAACUUGGGCCUGAACAUCGCUGACAAAUUCCACGAUGGCCAGCCGUUUGAGGUGUCACUAUACGACCUCAGCCAGGAGCAGGUGCAGUCAGUAUUGGCCGCGAAUGCAACAUACAAGAACCUGCACGGCUUCGGCGGGAAACACAAGCUCAAGGAUUUCGUCGCUUCACUGAAACGUCCCCGCAAGGCUAUCAUCCUAGUUCCAGCCGGCGCUGCCACGGAUGCAGUCAUCGAGGACUUGGCGGCCCUGUUCCAGAAGAACGACAUCAUUAUCGACGUUGGCAAUGCGAACUUCCGCGAUCAAAUCCGGAGGGCCGAGAGCUUGGAGAAGCGCGGGCUGCGUUUUCUUGGCAUGGGUGUCAGCGGCGGCGCCGAGGGUGCACGCAAGGGGCCGGCAUUUUUCCCAGGAGGAACAUUGAGUGUUUGGAAUGACGUGAAGCACAUCAUCGAGGCUGCGGCUGCCAAAGCAGCCGAUGGGCGACCAUGCGCGACAAUGAACGGAAAGGGUGGUGCUGGAUCCUGCGUGAAGAUGUUCCACAAUGCAGGCGAGUAUGCGGUUUUGCAAAUUUGGGGCGAAGUGCAUGAGGUCUUGAGAGCCUACGGAGUCGACCCCGACGCCCAGGCCAAACUCCUAGAGUCCUGGAAGACCAAGGUGGGUGGUCGCUAUGCUGGCCUUCUCGAUUCUUACAUGCUCGAUAUCACAGUUGAGGUUGUGAAAGCUCGAGACUCCACAGUGGCUGGUGGUCGAGAUGAUGGCGAAACGCUGCUGUCGCGGACGAUGGACAAGACAGAUUCCAAGGGCACAGGUGGGGAAGAAAAUCCAGAAAAGGUGUGA